GACUAAAACGCUGACAUCUCUGCGCUAGAGCAAGCAGGUUACUCGUGACUUAGCGCGCGUAGAGCCACAGCCAACUGGUACUCGCAGCUGCAAUCUCGUUGCGAAACGGUGCCGCGUUGGAGAGGAAUCGACCACAAGCUCUCCGAGCCAAAAAUCGACGCCGCAGACCGGCGCGUUGCACAAAUCGUGACAGCACCGCCAAAAUGUGGCACGGCGGCGCCACCUGGGGCAACAACAACGACGACGAAGACGACGAUGUCGAAUUCCAAGACACAACGACGACGCAAAAACGCAAGAGCCAUGAGAUCAUCGAGAUCCCCGACAGCUCCGACGAGAACGCGUCGAGCAGCGAGGACGAGGACGUGCGGCAGGCCGAAGUCAAGCCCUCGCCGGCCAAGAAGCCGAAGCGCAAGGUCUCGCUCCCAAAAUGCGCGGCGACCAAGGCGCCCACAAAUCUACCGCCGCGUGUCGAUUGUGUGGCGCCGCCCAACCUGAUGCUGCCGCGCGCGGGCCCGUGCUUGAUAUUGCCGGAGGACCGCACGACGGGCGACGCGCUCAUGUGGCCGUCGUCGACGCCGACGCCGUACCUGGGCGGCGGCAUCUACGAGCCGCCGACGCCUCGUGGCGUCAAGCCCGUUAAGAAGGCGCGCAAGGUCACGUCGCGCGUCGCACGACUCCUCGGCACCAAGUCCUUCGACGUCCGCGUCGACGACGGCGCCUCGCUCAAGCGCUGCACCGACGCCUGGCGCCCGUACGGCAAGUACGGGACGCUGGACGGCGCGACCUGCCUCGACGGCUUGCUCAAGUCGAACGUCGUCGUAGCUCACGACGACGCCGCGGACUUUGUGGAGGCACUGGCCGGCCUGAACGACCGCGACAACGACUUUAAGGAGCGCUGCGUCCACGCCGUCGCGUUCAUCGAGAGCAAGCAACUGGCCUCGGCCUGCACGGGCGGCCGCAAGAAGUCCUGCCGCGUCCACGUCGCCGUCUGGGCGCGCCGGGCGCUCUUCGGGCUCUCGGCGCACCCCUCGACCAAGAUCGUGCUCGACGGCAUCGACCCGGCGGGCAAGCGGCACCCUUGUAGAGCGCCGCUGGCCGAGGACGGGACGUUCUCGCGGUCCGAUCCGCCGUUAUCGUCGUUCACGAUCAAGGCGUUAUUGAGAGACGCCGAGUCGUCGGGCAUCGCCGUGCCGAAGGCCUUCGCCAAGAGCAUGGACGGCUUGCUGGCCGACGGCAUUCAGCUAAGACCGUACCAGACGCAGAACGUCUUCUGGGCGCUCCACCAGGAGGACCGGAAGCACACGGCGACGACGUCUGUCGCAGGCUUAAAUGGCUACUACUGGGAGCGGCGCGCGUUCGUCGACGGCGGGGACUUUUACUAUUUUCCCCACGGCGGCCACGUGCUCCUCGAGCCGCCGCCCGUCGUGUCCGGCGGGUUGCUAGCGGACGAGAUGGGCUACGGCAAGACGAUCACGGCGCUCGCGCUCAUCGCGGCCGAUAAAAAAAAGUACAAGCGCCCGGCGCACGAAGCCGGCACGCUCGUCGUCGUGCCGCGGUCGCUGUACGGUCAGUGGAAGGCCGAGUGCGAGCAAAAAGCCCCAGGGCUCAAGACCCUGGCGCUGGACGCGUCCGGUUACAUUAGCCUCGACCACGUGCGCGAGGCUGAUGUCGUGCUCCUGCGCCAGGACCAGCUCUCGCAGUUCCGCACAAAAGUCUCGUGGCGCCGCGUUGUGGUGGAUGAGUGCCAGUUCGUCGCCAACGACACGUCGCGAUUGGCGUCCGCGACGGCCGGUCUGGACGCGACGCAUGUCUGGAUGCUCAGCGGCACGCCCAUCACGACGAAGAUAGCGGAUUUGCAAGGCGAGCUGUCGCUGCUGCGCGUCUGGCCCUUCACGCUGGGGAAAGGCGCCGACGCGGGCUGGCAGUCGCACUUCUGGGAGGCGUCCUACCGCGAGCCCUGGGCAAAUAAGGACGCGGCGUGCCUUGCGACCUUCCGCUCUCUGAUCAAGGGGACCAUGAUGCGCCACGCGCGCGAGCAGCGGACCGUGUGUGAUGAUCAGCCGCUCGUUCCCUUACCGCCGCUCACGACUCGUUGGGUCGGCGUCGACCUGGCGCCGAACGCGUCGGAGACCUACGUCGCGCGGCGCAUCGAGUUGUACGCCGCCGAGACGCCGCACCACUUGUUAGUGAGGGCGUUACAAAGAGCGUCGACGUUUUGUACCGAUGACGUGCUCGACUCGCUCUACAAGAACGCGUUCGACGCCGGGAAGGGGACUACCACUACUGCUCAGACGCAGGACGUGUCGGGGGGCGUCACGCGCGAGCUGUCGCUGGCCAACGCCGUCAAGGAGCUCGAGACCAAGAAGAAGGGCACAAACGCGAUCCCGUGCCUGGCGGAGUUCAGACGUGCUUUGAAGGGCGAAGCAUUGGACACGUGCGACGUCUGCCAGUCGGUCAAGCGGAGCCCGCUCGUCCUCAAGUGCCAGCACAGCUUCUGCACGCAGUGCGUCCGCGCGUUGGGCAGCUCGAUGAAGUGCGCCGUAUGCAACGAACAAAGCCUGCCGCACGAGUGCUACAAGCUUUUGAUGCCGAAGGAACAAGCUAGACGGGACGCGCCGAUAGCCAUGGACGCCGACGGCGGCGAGCCGGGGAGCGCUGUGCUGACGCUCGGCCGGACGCGUUUGACACAUACCGUGGCGGAUUUGGACGCCUGGCCGGCGAUCGACACCUUGCCUGCGCGCGACCCGAAGGAGCCGGAGUACGAAGCUUUAGCUAAGCUGCCCCGGGCGUUACGCCAGCACCACGCUAGGGCCCAAAAGCAGGGCUGGCGCGGCUCCGCAAAAUUGUCUGCUGUGGCGGGCGAGAUCCGCCGCCUCAAGGACGCCGACGUGACAACGCAGUUCGUGGUGGUGAGCCAGUACGGCGAUCUCCUCGACGAGCUGCAGGAGGCCUUUGAUCCUGUCAAGUACGAAGUCGACCUCGAUCUCGCGAAUAGAGAUGGCAAGAAGCUGCCCGAGGGAUCUCGCGUCGAGUACCGCAAGGAGGCCUACGACCCUCUGACGGCGGUCGACGGCGUCAUCGUCAAGGUCGACGAGAAAAAAGAGUGCAAGGCGUGCGGCCGGCAGUUCUUGACGCCUUUCCCGGACAUCUGUCCGGACUGUUACGUGGAGUGCAAGCCCUGCCCGGCCGAGCAAUGCGGGUGGACGUGCAAGCCGUGCGUCGGGGUGCUGAAGACCGGUGAACCGUGCACGCGCGACGAGAACUGUGAUAAAUGCAAGGGGAAAUACGGCUGCGGCCGCGUCUACGGCCCGGGCACGGAACCCGCGCCCUACGUGUACUCUGGACCCACAAACCCAAAGAAGGACACGCGGGAUUUCGAGCUCAAGAAGCUCGACGGCCAGAUCAUCUGUACGGACCCGCGCUGCACGGCAUUACGGAAAGUGAAGAAGGGCAAGAAGGUUAUUGAUAGACCCAACGACACGCCGCUGACGGCGUGCGACGGCUGCGGCGGGAAGUACGGCUGUGGGGCGAAAUACAACGCGCAGACCUGCCCCAAGCCCACGGACAAGGAUGGCAACGUCGACGAGGUUAAGGGUAGUAUGAAGUGUAUCUCACCUGCCUGCCGCAAGCUGCGCUUCUGUAGACCGGCGCGCAGCGGGCGGAACCCCCGACCAGAGCAGAAGCCCAAUGAUAGUGCCCUGUACAAGAACACCUUACGCUCGCUGACCAAGAUGGAGUGCCCCAACUGUCAUGCGCGGCACUCACCGCCCUAUCCCGAGGGUCGGACGGCCGAAGGCAAGAAGGGUUUAGUUUGUGACAAGUGCGGCACGAAGCAGAAGCUCAAGGAACUGACCGAUGUCGAAGCUGGCUUACCGAAGUACCUCUACACGAUCGCGCACGGCGGCGAGGAGGCGAUCAACGUGGUCAAGGGUCAAUUAACUGCGAAAUCGCACCGCUGUGUGGUCCCGGGCAAAAUGGUCCGCGCCGCGUCGUGCAAGGACAAGGAGGGCUGCCUGACGCGCGGAGGGUUCGACAAUCGCUUCCGCCCGGGCGACAAAGUGACGGCCACGCGGCCCGCCCUAUCCAUGGACGAGGCCCUCGAGGUCGGGAUGAGGGUGAAGGUUUUGGAAGGGCCCUACGCUGGGGCUUCUGGUGUCGUCCAUAAACUAAUUGUGGACAAGAGUGACGACGAUGACGAUGAUGUCGAAGUGAUUGAUGGCGACGCCAAGGGGACGAAUAAAGUCCAGUACGAGGUGAAGGUGCGGCCGAAGCGCGGCGCGGAGGUCAAGGUCACGUUUGAGCGGUCCGCUUUAGAGGACCAGAAAGAUGGUCUCUGGCGCUCGGCCAAGGUCGUUUCAGUUGUCAAGCCCGCCGGCUGCGCGGACGCCUUCGAGCAGACGCUCGGCUCCAUUAGGUUGGACGACUCCUCGCCGGACCGGCGCGGCCAGCUCCUCGAGACGUUUAGAUCUGAUCCAGAGACGUCGGUGUUGCUCUUGACGCUCCAGACUGCUGGCGUCGGCCUCAAUAUCACGAACGCGAACAAGGUGAUAAUCCUAGAACCGUUCCGCUUCGGCGCCCAGGAGGCGCAAGCGGUCACGCGCGUCCACCGCAUCGGCCAGCUGCGCCCGGUUGAAAUUAUCAAGUUCUACUGCCGCAACACGGUCGACGAGCGGAUGCUACGGCUCCGCCAGAAGCGCGGCGAGCUCGACGCGUCGCAGGACGGCGACGCGCCGUCCGCCGACGACGUCGGCGCCGGCGCCGGCGACACGGCCUUCGCCAAGGCGGACCUCGACGUCCUCUUCGGCGUCACGGAGUGAGCCCGCCCUAUCUGUGUUAACUCUUCCCUCUCCCCCCUAUACGUCUAACUGAAACACAUGUUACAAAA